AUGUCUCGCCAUAUCGCCGACGUUUCUGGUGCCAUUGCCCCGUCUGAUUUCAUGACUGACAGUGUCUGUGAUGAUCCAGACUCUCCUGUCAGCCUACGAGAGCGCAGGUAUGCUGGCGCCCAGGGCUGCGUCAGGCGCGCAAGAACGAUUCAGAAGCUACUCGACCGUGCGAGACGUGCUUCAGAGCUCCUUCCCGCGCCCGGAAGAGUUUGGGAAAACAGCCGCCAGGACUUCGUAACCAACUGGAGGCAGAACCUCAUUCAUGUCGAUGCCAUGAAUUGGUUCGCUCGAGGAUAUCUUCUCUGCAUUUCUCAACAGGCCGUGCAGCAGUUCUGGGGGCUACCUGCAGAAUCACGUUUUCCUCUCUUCACGGAAGUACUGGUCAACGUCACUACCAAUCGAAAAGCAGUCUCAUUCGCGGACGAGAGGAUCCAGGACAUUGUUGAAGCGUACAAGCAAACAUUUUCCAGGAUUAUGAGGAGACAUGACAUCUACGUCGCGCUUCGUGCAACAGCGGAGAUGUUCCCUGAUCUGCCGUUUGAACGCGCCUGA